AUGGAUGCAUGUGCCGUGGGCACGGAAGCAGCAGUGGAAGAUCUCCCAACGGGCCUCUCCUCCUCUAGCACGGGGGAGCUGGUUGAGUUGUUGGCUUCCUUUGCCAGCGAGCAGCAGCAGCAGCAGCAGCAACCGCAGCAGCAGCUGCAGCAGAAGCAGCAACAGCAGUGGAAGAGUCCGAUUCAGCGGCUCUACGACACAGCAGCAAUGCUGCAUCAACUGCAGCGCGAGCGCGCCAUGAAGGAAGCCCGUCCGUCGUGGCUGCACGUUGCAGUGCUGCCUUUCCUCUGCAGCAGCAGUUGCUGCCGCCGCAGCAGCAGCAGCAGCUGUAGCAGCAGCACCAACGUCGAGAGGAAGCCUUUGCUUCUUGAUACGGCGCUCUCCCAGCAUUCCGUGCUGCAGCAGCAAACGCAGCAGCAGCAACAGCAACACGAACAAGAGCCGAAGUAG